GUAGCAAUAAAAAAAUUUAUUAACCAUUUGUGGUACUUAAAUGAUGAAUGUGCAGUAUUUUCUUUAUUUGAUGAUCGAAUUGAUAAUAAUACUAAAUCUAAAAUGGCAAAACGGAUAUUGGAAAUAAAUGAAGAAGGUAUCAAUACUGACGAUCAAGAAAAAGACUCUCAAAAAAAAAUUGUUUUACAAUUUGAUGACGUUCAACAUUUUUUAAAUAAAGAUCUUCCAUUGGAAUUAAUAUCAAAUAAAUCGAUACAGUUUUUUCAAAGAUUUCGUAUUUCUAAGGACUUUUUACAUAAGGAUCCAAGUUUAUGGAACAUAACCACCGAAUAUAAAGAAGCAAAGGAUGUUAUAACUACAUUAAAAGUUGUCAAUGACAGUGCAGAAAGAGGUGUGAAAUUGAUGGAGGAGUUUAACGACAAAUUUACGAAACAAGAGGAACAGAAACAAUAUGUGUUACAGAUUGUUCAAGAUUAUAGGAAGCAGUACCCGGGAUUCAGUCGUAAAGUUUUAAAACAAACCUAUAACAAAUAAUUAAAAUACAUUUGGAUGUAGAAAAUAUGUUGUAUAAUAAAAUGUGAUAAUUAAAAUAAAAUGUUAUUAUAACUUCUUUAAUAUUAGCCUAAUUUACAUAAUUUACUAUUACAAAUAACAUUUUUUUAGGAAAUUAAAUUAUAUUCGAUUUUUAUACAAGACAUUUUAUUGUAUGUUUAAUAUUUUAUUAAAUACACCUAAAUAAAUGUAAAAAAUCUAUUUUGCAAAAUAAAUAAAAUAUUUCGUAUUUUACUAUUUUUCUUGGAAAAUUACAGAUUUACAAAAAAAUUUGUAAAUAUAUAUUUUAUGCGCAAUAUUAAAAUACAUAAUUAACUCUCUAUACAUUUUUGCCCUAGGUAC